AUGGGAAAUGCUUACCAGUCUCUGAUCAUCGCGUCAAUGUUUUUCUCUCGUGAUGGUUUAAAAUUCAAAAGUUUCGAUGAAAUGCUUAACACCAUUUCUCGUAUGGAAACUGUAGUCAAAGGUUUUGAUUUUAAAGUAAGUGCUGAGAAAAAUAUUGCACUCAUUGGUCGAUGCGAUUUUAUUGAAUAUUUAUACGAAGGAGUUGUUUUUGACUUUCCAAAAUAUUUUUAUAUCCUGCCAGACAGAAUCAUGAAAUUUUACGAAAAGUUUCCCGUCAAUAACAAGAAUCCAUUUAAUGAAAUGAUUCAGAGACAUUUUGAUUAUGCUUACGAGUCUGGCAUGAGGCAAUAUUUAGGUGAUUACGUGAAACAGUUUGAGCCUAAGAAAAUAGAUCAUGAUGAUGGAUUAUUUGAAAAUGAUGUAGAUAUGUUGACAUUAGAUGACAAUGUUAUGGAAUCUUUUAUAUUUUGCUGA